AUGACUUCUUUUGCGGAUCUUUCAAAGCAAGUUAAUUUAAUCGAUGAAUUAAUAUUGGCUGAAAUGAUUUGUGGUAAGAAGGACUAUUAUGAAGAGUCAAUAGAGUUUAGUAAACAUCUCCUCAUUUCGAAGUAUUGGUUUCUAAGGUUAUCGUGGAAGAAUAAGAGGCGGUUCUUGUUAAUGCUUGUAAAAGAUGUAAAGAGUAUCUGGACGCUAUCUUUGUUCUUGAAAUCAAUCUGGAAUUGUAGACCUAAAGAUGCUGUUUCUUCAAUCUGUGGCAAAGAAGUAUGGAGCAGCUAUGAUCAAGUCCCAAUGGACAACAAUAGAACAGCAUUACCAGUACAAUUGGUAGAAGAUGCCAUGAUAAACGAACAAAAUUGGUUUUCGAGACUUGAACCCGCCCAGCAAGCUCUCGUACUGUCGGAACUUUUGACAGUAGCUGGAGGUCCAAUAAUCUGGGAGAUUCUUAGAACAGCACAGAUGAUAUAUGAAAAGCAUAGAGAUAAACAGCUUGAGGAAAUUAUCGAAUACGCUGUAGUUAAUGAACCGGAGAAAGCAAAACCAGUUGUUGAACAGCCUAAGAAAGAUACUCCGCGCGGGAAGGGAUCCUUUUCCCAAGGGCAAGAGAAUAGACAAACACUUCUUCCCGGACAAGCUCAAAAAGAAUUGGAAACAGCCUUAGCCAAUUGGAACUUUACGAUAAAAGCUAUUCGCGAUAGUUUUAAAUUGGAAGAAUUAGAAAUAACCUUCAAAGACGACACAAAAAGAACAGUUUGGAAGGUGAACCGACCUAAGCCUGAAAACAUCGAAACUGUUGAUUUUUUGCAGCUAUUGCCGUCAAUCAUAGCCAAACGAAUCUUCUUAUAUAUUCCACAAACGCAGUAUGGAGAUUUGUCUCGAGUGAACAAGUAUUGGUCAUUUCUCAUAGAUGAGAUAAAAGCGGAAACGCAGGCAAGACAGAAGAUUAACAUGGAUAUAGAAAAAUUAAAGGAUAUAAUUCUUCGACACGAUCACGAAUUGGAUAUGGUGGAAACACUAGGCUCAUCGUUGAGUACUUCUGCAUUGACUUCACACACGAAGCCAACAAGUGUUACUAAUUCACUUCCGCUACACAGCAAGAGAGGAAAACCGAGAAAAGCCGUUGGUACGUUCAAGCCAAUAAAAAAAUUAUCAGAUCUACACAAAAGAUUAGACCAACGCGGAGCAGCUGACGAGAAUAUAUGGAAAUGGUGUUCUAACAUUCUAAAGUUAUAUAAGGAAGACCUUAUUCAAAAAGAUAAUGAGGGUAUAUUACCAUUGGCAAACUUGAACUUUCCGUGUCCUCUUAUGACCUAUAACAUUAAAAUACCAUUAGAAUAUCCUCUUAUUUCGGAUCCUACAUUGAAUCUCACUCCAAAGGAUUUAGAGAAGAAACGGUACAGUAGAUGGAACAAGGAUCUAUCUUUUCUCUAUCCAGUCACUAAAGUACCCUCGUAUAUUUUCCCAACAAAUUUAUAUUAA